AUGGCGAGCAAGGAUUUUACAGUAGCGAUCGUCGGGGGCGGGAUGUGCGGUCUGGUGUGUGCGUACGCGCUCGCGAAGGCGGGCAUCUUGGUUGAAGUGUUUGAAGCUGCUCCAGAGUUUGGAGAGGUCGGUGCGGGUGUUGGGUUAGGUCCCAACGCUGUUCGCGCCCUCGACCGCCUGGGAGUGCUGUCGGCGGUGCUAGCACGCUCAGAGCACUCAUCACCGGUAUUGAGGCCGUUCCUUUUCGUCUCGGGCUACGAUGCUCAGGAAGUGAUAUACGAUUAUUCUGUUAGCGACGAUGAUAGAGGCCUACCAAUUCACAGAGCCGCCUUCCUCGACGCUAUCAUAGGAAUCUCGGACAUGAAGAUUGCGCACCUCAACAAGCGAUGCAUUGCCGUACAGCACACCCAUGUCUCGGCCACUGCUUCAGACUUCGGUUCCACGCUGUUUUUCUCAGACGGGACGUCGCACCGUGCUCACCUUGUCAUCGGGGCGGACGGCAUCAAGAGCACCAUACGCAAAUACGUUGUCGACCCUCUAGCUGGCGACGCGGAGCAUAAUACUAACAGGAACAACAAAACCAACCUGGCGUUCUCAGGAUCGUCGGCAUACAGAGGCUUGUUGCCCAAUUCAACCGUUGUGGCCGCCGGGGUCAAGAUCGACUUGACAGUUCAGCCAGUCUGCUUCUGUGGUAUUGAUCGGCAUAUUAUUACGUUCCCAAUCCAAGCUGGGCGAAUUAUCAACGUGGUCGCCUUCUCCACAAUUACGCGUGAUAAUUCCGCUACCGGGGCACUAGACGAACUGCCCCAUCCAUGGGUGCAGCCGGUUGCAAAGCAAGAACUCGUAGAGACCUUCGAAACCCGGGGUUGGGGAGCUGAUUCCGAUGCCAUCAAGCUGCUAAAUUGUAUGGAAAACCCGAGCAGAUGGUCCAUUCACACCGUGGAACCGCCUCUGUUAAGCUACGUUAAUGCAGCGAGGGGCAUCGCGUUAAUUGGCGACGCGGCGCAUGGAAUGCUGCCACAUCUAGGAGCGGGGGUCGGACAAGGUUUCGAGGAUGUCGUGGUUCUUACUGAGCUCCUCACUCACCCCGAAACCAAUCUAUCAAACCUAGAGCAUAUUUUAAACGCCUACGACUCUGCCCGUCGGCCACGAGGCAAUAUGGUGCUUGAAGCGAGCGCCAGGAUGGGUCGCAUUACCACAAGAUACGGCAAAUCAGGUUACUCAAAUGAAGACAUGCGCACCAAGCUGGCGGGGAUAUGGAGCCCAGUCUGGCAUCACGAUCUCCACGAAGAUAUAAACAAAGCGAUGGAAAGUUUGAGAGAGAAAUGUGUAUUCAAACAAGCUGAGUCGUCAUGA